CCCUUACAUAAGCUGGCUAAGACACAGCCUGCACUCGUGCCAUGGACUAGGACCCGCUACAGACAUGUUGUUGGUUGUGCUUGCCUCUCUAUCGGUCUUCAGGACUGCUGCUGGUGUCCUGGAUGUCAACUCUACCCCGGAAUUCAUCAAGCCAUGCUACAGGAAAGAUCCCAAUCUCAAUGACUGCAUAAGACAAGCGUUCGACCACCUGAGGCCCUACUUAUCAAGAGGUGUUCCUGAGAUAAAACUGCAGUCUAUUGAACCAUUGAGGAUAUCCAAAAUGGCUAUGGAUAAUGGAAAUGGAGCAGUUAGAGUAAGAGCACUAUUCUCUAACAUAACAGUCCAUGGAGCUACAAACUACACUAUUUUGGAUGUCAGAGGGGAUGUCAAGAACUACAAGAUUGAUUUAACACUUGGUAUUCCAAGGAUAGAGACAACAGGAAGUUACGAAGUUAGCGGUAAUGUUCUUCUUCUGCCUGUAAGAAGCAGAGGAGACUUUUGGGCACUAUUCUCAAAUAUAACAGGAAUAGCAAAAAUUUUCGGUAAGGAAGUAAUAAAAGGAGGAGUUCGCUUCAUGAAGACAGAGAGGUUGCUAGUAGACUUCAAACUGGCAAGAUCAAGAUUUAAAAUUAGAGACUUGUUGAAUACCAACAAUGUUCUAGGUGAAGCUAUGAAUCAGUUCCUGAAUCAAAAUGCGAAUGAGAUAAUAGAAGAAAUGAAGCCAGCAGCCGCAGCUGCUAUAGGAAAACAUUUCAAAUCAUUCCUUAAUGGAGCUUUCCUGCAAGUCCCAAUACCAAUUUGGCUCAAAGACACUAUCCCUUAAUAUAAAAGUUUGGUAUUUCGGGAUAUUAUUUAUUGUGAUGCUUUAUUACUUAUAUGCACAAGUGAUUGAUCAAAUAUGACAAAUGAAAACUUAAUACGAAUUUCGGUAAUAAUGUUGUAUCCUCAGUGCAAAUAAGUUUAUGAAGUAAAAAUUUGAUGUCAUUUGGAAUGUAAAGUUUUAUCAAACUUUUAAUUUUGAUAAGAUUUUCCUAUUUUGCAUCAUUAUGUGAUCUUCAAAUUAGGAAGUCCAGCUUCCUAUGUAUUAUAUUUUUCAAUGUAAGAUUAACUUAGGAUAAAAAUGAAAGUCCAUAUUAAAGGCGCUUUGAUGGUCGUAAUUAAACUCAAGUUUACACCACAAUAAAGUAGAAUACAUGAAGUACAAACUAUAAAAUAUUAAACCAAAGGACCAACUUGAAUAAAACAUAGUUGAUUACUUACUUGCACUAGUCCUUUCCUAAAAUAAUCUGAAGUUUAAGUAAUUUUAUGAGCCAGUUCUAUUUAAAGAUGAUUAGGAGCCAAUAACAGCCAUUAUUAAAUAACAUUUGAAUAAUUUUAAUAUAAUAUUUUAGAAGAUUACAAUAACAAAAGAAGACAUUAUUAAAAAUUUACUUAAUAAAUUGAUGAGAGAAAAAAAUAAAAUAAAAAUAAGAAAUGCCCUAAAUGUUUUUUUUAAUAAACAGCAAUAGCUGAAUGAUGUGAGAAUAAUGUAUGUUAUCUUCUUUCGAUUGAUCUCUAUGUUAUUGUUAAAAUUAUUCAUUCUUAAUUUUAUCCAUUAGUAGCAUAUAAAAGACAGAGGAAUUAAAAUUUAAGCAAAUUGUUAAGAUGAGUAGUUACUUACUGGUUGUUUUCUGAAUGAAAUUUUCAGUAAAUGAACAGAAACAACAUUCCUUAUUCAAUGUGGAUAUACUAAAAGAGAUUGUGUACCACAUAAGGGGGGAAUUAUUAAAGAAUGAUGAGAAAAAUUAUCGUAUAGCAGCACUUUUUCUAUCUAGAUUAGAAAAUAAUUGCCUGGUAACAUCACAAAAAAAUUUAAGAACUCACCAUGAAAUGAAAUCUUGCAAUGUUAGUUAUGACUUAUUUGGCAUAUUUACUUAUUCAGACUAUAACAAAGAUGAUCAUUCUUUCGGAUCAUUCAUUCUAAAUUAAGUUUAAAAAAAGUAAGUUAUGACAACUAAAAAAAAAAAAAUUCAGAAUUCUUAAACCAGCUAAAAUGGUGAUGAAUGUUUUCUAAUAAAGGUUUUCUUCUCAUUUGAAAUGUAAACUCACUUUGAGUAAUUGAGUAUAUAGUUCAAACAUUAACAAAUAAAAUAAAACAGCUAUUUACAGAAUUGUAAUUAAAUGAAUGAAUACUUUAUAAUGAUAUUGAACCAUUCCUAAACUAAAAACUAAUCAUAUUACAGAAAUAAUGAAUAAUAUCAUGAAUGUUGAUUACGCUCUUUCCUGAUUUUAUAUGAACAUGACUGUGUAAAUAAUUUCAAAAAUUAACUGAUUCGAUGUUAAGAACAUGUUUUCAACCAAGAAAUUUGUAUUCAAAGAGCGAUAUGUACAGAUAAUUAAUUAAGUUGUGUCAAUUUUUGUAAAAUAGUUGACAUUGAGCUUAACGAACAAUGUAAUAUUGUACCCAUUUGCAAAGAUUAAUUUUCUUAUUAAUGUUGUCUAAUUUUGAAGAAGAAAAAAAUAUAUAUAUAUACAUAUAAUAUAAAUGCAACGAAUGAAUCAUAAAGGCUUUAAUGAUAAUCUUCAACGAUAAUAUUCAUGUAGAAACAUGAUGUUAUAUGUAGAAAUUUAAACAUUUGUUUUUCGUUUAAAGUUCCUUUUAAGAAGUUAAAAAUGUUUACCAUUAAAAAACUGUUCAAGGAUUUAAAUAUUGUUUCAGAUAAUAUUUUUUUAAUUUGUAAAUAAAUAAAUAAUGUGAUAAGUACAAUAGGUUAUCUAGAUUCUAAGUUUAAGCUUUAUUAUACUUUAAUUUCUAAAAAAAUAUACAAAUAUUUAUAAAGCAA